ACUUCCCUUUUAGUGGUGGAGAUGUGUUUUUCCUCUGACAUAUAUAUUUCAGCCUUCAAAAACAACAAGGCAUUUGGAUCAGACUUUGUUCUGGUCAGAUCUUGGAAACCAUCCUGACCCAAAAGACUCUGGGAGACCAAAACGGACGAUGGGGUGUUUCACUGUCGCGCUCGGUCAAAUCCUUUUUUUUGGAUUCUUCGGCUUCACAGCAGCAAGUACCAACAAAGCUUGUGACAUAUACGCUGCUGUCGGGGAGAAUGUGCCUCUGCCUUUUAAUUAUGAAGGACUGACAAAGUCAUAUACUUUGAGAUGGACUCAUAACUCCACCAUUAUUUUCUUAAGAGCACAAAAUAGAGUGAGACAUGGGAAACCAGAAGACAUCAAUGCAACUGGAUCUCUGCUGCUGAAGAGUGUAAAUCUGCAAAGUUCAGGAACUUAUCUAGCAAGCCUCCUGCAUGCUAACAACACCCUGGCUACAAACUGGACUGGUCAGCUCUGUGUGAUGGAAAAGGUACUAAAACCUCGACUCAGUUAUAGCUGCGGCACCAACGUCGUUAAGCUGAACUGUGAAGUCUCCAAGCCUGAGGGUUUGGUUUUCUCCUGGACGCACGAUAAAAAGAUCUUACCAAGUGAAACAAGACAAACUGUCAGCAUAUCACUGAGCAACAUAAAGGAAGGCAGCAACUUUUUCUGCAGCGUGGAAAACAAAGUGAGCAAGGAGAGCAGCGAGACCGUUCGGCCCACAUGCACAGCCCCAAUGCUUUGCUUUAAGUCCAAAACUGUUCUGGGCGUCCUGGCAGGAGGAGCAGGUCUGAUUUUAAUUUUGCUUGUCGUUAUUAUCGUCUUGUGCCUCUCGUACAGACGCGCCAAAACUAGCAUGCGGCUCAGCGACAGAGUGGAGUUCAAGAAGCUUUCUGUACAGAAGCGGGAGGUGGAGCCCGUCACAGAGUAUGAAAACGUACACAGCGUGGAGAGUUGGCUGUCCCCAAGUCCACAGCCUUCACCAAGGGUCUGUUACCAGAACCUGGAUGUUGGGACGGACAGGAAGUCUCCACAGCUGUCCACAGCUGCCGAGGGGCAACGAGUGUCUCCGGUGCCGAAGCCGAGGACGAAGAAUGUCAUGACACAGAACAUCUGAGUGUUAAAUCACAGGAAAUGGAUGUGAGGAAAGCUAAUCGUGUGAUUAUGUUCGUUCAGGAAACAAUGAUGUAUUAUUAUUAUUAUUAUUAUUAUUAUGAAAUAAUGAAGUGAAAAUCAAGCAGAAAUGCACGUAUUGUGCGAAAAAGAAAGUGAUAAAAUGUUCUCGGAGAGACCGUGGGACUGUUUACAUUGCAUGAUUUCAGUUGUAAUAUGUUGUGAAGACUUUUUGUUUGUAUUGAACUUGUUUAAUUUUCUUAACUUCUAGUUGAAUUUUUCCUCUGUAAGCUUACUUGUGGUGAAAAGCUGCCACCACCGUGUUUCACUGUAGCAUCGCUGGUGUGUUUGACUGUCUGGGUGACAUAUUUUUACUCUUCACAGCAGCUGGAACAGGAGAUCAUUGUGAGAAACUAAAAUAUGUGGUCGGAUCAGUCGGGACAACUCUUGGGUCAGAUCCAUGUAAAUAAAAAUAAGGUACAUUUAAAGAGGUUCUGCUGUGACUGUAAUUUUUUUCCUGUAACUUAUCGUUUCUUUUAACUCUCGUUUGUUUAAAAGUUUUGUUUUGCCAAGAUAAAUGCCUCUUAUUUUUCUG